AUGACAGCAUUAACGGCUCGUCGUACAAAAUUUCAACAAUUAUCAAAAUGCAAUGUUUCACCGGAAACUACCGUUACGCAACAGCAACAUCACUUACGGCAACGUAUUAUUGAUGAAACAUAUCCGGAACUGUUACUUGAUCAAGAAAAGAAGUAUAAAGCGAAGUUACAAUGUAAAACACCGUCGUUACCUGCUACAAUUGAAGAUGCUAGCGAAGAUGAAGAAUUAAUGACUGUAAGCAAUUGUUUGUCUUCCACUACCAGAAGUCUUGAAGGACGUUCACCAUAUGUGCUACCACCGGAGGAACUCUUUCAACAUAAUCUUCCCGAAAAUCGAGAUUUCUUCUCUCAUCCUCUCAUAAGUCCAAAAUUGGAACGUCGUUCCCUAAGACCACUUCGCAUUACAAAAACAAUCACCGGACCAUCACGAGGAUUUAAUGAUUCUAUCAUACGAAAUAAACGAUCACAUUCAUUACUUGGUGAGCGUCUAAGUAGCGCAAAUUUCGAUUCAGACUUCUUGAACCUACCACCAAUUCCCGAAACUGUUUCAAUGAAGAAAAUAUCAGAAAAAGACGGAUCAAAGUGGGAUGAUAAAGAAGAGAAUGUCUUUGAAGCCUUCGAACACUUCAAUUCCAGUGCGUUCACAUAA